GUGCGCUCUCCAAGUUGACCUGUUUUUACCUGUAGAAAAACGAUUUGGGACUACCCUCCCGGGUUCCACCAGACUGGGCGGGCUUAGCUCCCCUGGAGAGCAGCUGCUCUGUAGCUUCUACUUCACGCCCGGGUCGGGGUACUCGAGACUGACGCGCUCUCGGGACCACUGACUCAGCCUCCCUAGGACCCGGGGGCGGAGACACGGGGCUAGGGCUCGGCCCUGCCGAGCUCUGCUUGUUCCCACUCUCCCAGCCUCCUCCCGAUCCCCCAGGGGACUGAGCUAAACUUGGGAAACUAUCUUCCUGUCCGCUCUCCUGUUGCUGCAGCUGAGGGCUGGGAGGCAAGAGAGAACAAGCCCACAGGAAAGGAGGUGAGCGCUGAAGGGGAGAGGAGACUCCUUUGAGGUGUUUUGUAUGGCAAAGAUGUUUUCUUCUAGUGAUUUUGGAACCACCUCCUGGGAGCUUAUUAUCCGUCUUGAUCACCAAAAUGAAAAAGAACAAAAAGUAUUCACCCUUCGAGUAUCUGGAGACUUACAUAUUGGGGGAGUCAUGCUCAAGCUAGUAGAGCAAAUAAAUAUAGCUCAAGAUUGGUCAGAUUAUGCUCUUUGGUGGGAACAGAAACAUUGCUGGCUUCUAAAAACACACUGGACUCUGGAUAAAUAUGGUGUCCAGGCAGAUGCAAGGCUGCUUUUCACACCUCAGCAUAAAAUGUUACGCCUUCGUUUGCCAAACAUGAAAACCGUGAGGCUAAAAGUCAGCUUCUCAUCUGUUGUCUUUAAGGCUGUUGGUGAUAUCUGCAAAACCCUAAACAUUAGAAGAUCAGAAGAGCUCUCUUUGUUAAAACCAUCAGAUGAUUAUUUUAAAAAGAAAAAGAAAAAGGAAAAGAAUAAUAGAGAACCUUUAAUCGAAGACAUUCUAAAUUUAGACAACUCUAUAACCAGUUCAGGUUCUCCAGCAAGCCCUGGCUUAUACAGUAAAACAGUGACUCCUAUAUAUGAUCCUGUCAAUGGAACACCCGUUUCUUCUACCAUUACGUGGUUCAGUGAUAGUCCUCUGACAGGACAGAACUGUAAUAUCCUUGCUUUCAGCCAGCCCAGCUGUUCACCAGAAACACUUGCUGAAAUGUUCCAGCCUCGGUCUCUAAUCGAUAAAGCCAAACUCAAUGCAGGUUGGCUAGACUCAUCCCGAUCCCUUAUGGAACAAGGCAUUCAGGAAGAUGAGAAACUAUUAUUACGCUUUAAAUACUACACAUUCUUUGACUUGAAUCCAAAAUAUGAUGCCAUUAGAAUAAAUCAACUUUAUGAACAAGCCAGGUGGUCCAUUCUCUUAGAAGAAAUUGACUGCACUGAGGAGGAGAUGCUGAUUUUUGCUGCUUUACAGUACCAUAUAAGCAAAUUGUCAUUGUCAGCAGAAACUCUGGAUUUCACAAAUGAAUCUGAAGUUGAUGAAGUUGAAGCUGCCCUGUCCAAUCUGGAAGUCACAUUAGAAGGUGGAAAAACAGACAAUAUUUUGGAGGACAUUACAGACAUACCGAAGCUUGCAGAUUAUCUCAGAUUAUUUAGGGCCAAAAAAUUAACAUUAAAAACUUUCAAACUAUAUUGGUUUGUCUUUAAAGACACUUCAAUAGCCUACUUUAAAAAUAAGGACCUCGAACAAGGGGAACCAGUUGAAAGACUACAUCUUAGAGGCUGUGAAGUUGUACCAGAUGUAAACGUAUCAGGGAGAAAGUUUGGAAUCAAGUUGCUAAUUCCUGUUGCUGAUGGUAUGAAUGAAGUAUAUUUGAGGUGUGACAAUGAGAAUCAGUAUGCCAGAUGGAUGGCUGCCUGUAUUUUAGCCUCAAAGGGCAAAACUAUGGCAGAUAGCUCCUACUGGCCUGAAGUGAACAACAUUCUUUCAUUUCUGAAGAUGAAAAACAGAAAUACAAGUUCACAGGCACCUUCUGACCCUGAAUGCAUGGAUAUGAAACCAGAAUGUUUUGUAUCACCUCGGUGUGCCAAAAAACACAAGCCUAAACAGUUGGCAGCUCGAAUUCUGGAAGCCCACCAGAAUGUGGCACAAAUGUCUCUAGUUGAAGCUAAGCUCCGUUUUAUCCAAGCAUGGCAAUCCUUACCAGAAUUUGGGCUCACAUACUACAUUGUAAGGUUUAAAGGAAGCAAGAAAGAUGAUCUUCUUGGAGUCUCAUAUAAUAGAUUAAUUAGGAUAGAUAUGGCAACAGGGGAUCCAAUUACAACAUGGAGAUUUGCAAAUAUGAAACAGUGGAAUGUAAACUGGGAAAUCCGAAAGGUUACCAUAGAGUUUGACCAAAAUGUGUCUAUUGCUUUCACCUGCCUAAGUGCAGAUUGCAAGAUCGUACAUGAAUAUAUUGGUGGCUAUAUCUUCUUAUCUACUCGCUCAAAAGACCAAAAUGAAACACUUGAUGAAGAUCUCUUCCACAAAUUAACAGGCGGUCAGGAGUGACUUGGUUGGGCUUUGCAACAGGACAACCACAUCUUUGUUUUGGGGGGCUUGUUUUUUUUUUAUCCUUUGAUGCUUCCUGACAGAAUAAUAUAACAAAUACAAUGUAAAUACUGGAGUAUUUCCCAUGUUAAGUCUCUAGCGACAUCUCUCCCUCCCUGUUUUGUUAUUAGUCACUUGAAUCCACAUCUUGUUUGAAACUAGCCCAAGCACAUUCCCUUCUUCCAUGAAGCAUUUUCUAAGGUGUGAUUCCUUGAACCUGAAUGUUAUGGCCUAACAUUUGAUUUCAGCAUUAAGAUAGAUAAAGAAGAUAAAUGGUAAAGUAAAUCAAUUUUUAUACAGAUUGAAAAGCAAAUGCUUUGGUAUCAUUCCAGAGAAGAUCCUGUCAAGGAUUUUGUCUGACCCCAAAAGCAUAGAACUUACCUACAAAUUUUAAGAGUUACAUUUUCAUUUUUUGAAGCCAGAAAAUGAGAAGAAAACAUAAAACUCAAGAGUAAUACACAAUCAGAUUCUAUUCGUACCUAUUUUUCCCUGACUCCAGACCUGGAUGAGGCAAACCUGGAAAUAUCUUUCAGCCUCAAGUUUUAAGGUCUCCAAGAUCUAACUUGAUGUUUGGGCCACAGGACCAUAUGGAACAUGUAGUACCAAAUAUAUUUGCAACAUUUCUUUUGAUAGAGACUGAUAAUUUUACACUAUCAAACUUGCUAACUAUCAUUAAUAUAUCAAGCUUCCUAAUAUUUUAAUUUAUGUAUUAGAAUUAUAUUAUUUAAAGUAAACAUAACUUAGUCUAUUUAUCACAAAGGACAAAAUUGUGCAUAAUUUACCAAUGUGAGACCUCAGUUUCAACUGGGCUGUUUGGUAUUUCCCAUUUGAUCUUAGUCAAAUUUUGUCUGCAACAAAAAAUAGCCAUAUACUCAAAAAUGGAACUUGAAGUUUAUCUUGAUAUCACAAAGGAGACAACAGUCAAUUAGAAUCUUCCAAGUGAGUCAUCUGUACUCAGUAGAGAUGCACUUUACAAAAGCCUUAGUCUAAAUUUAGACUAGCUCAUUAUCCUCUUAGAGAUUUCUAAAUGAUUACAUUAAGCCAACAGGACAGCAAGCAUUUAUUAAUCAUUUACUGUAUGCCAGGUACUGUGCUAAAUACUAUAACCAGCUCAUUCUUUGUCCCAUAUAAGGCUAUUUGCGUCCAUAUUCUUCAUUGCCAUCACUGUAAAGUUUUACAUUAAUAUAUACAAUUUAAACUUGCUUUUCUAUCUAUAUUAGAUGGGAAAAAUAAAUUUAAUUGCUUUUAUAAACAGGAACUGGGCAUAGGGACUGUGAUUUUCUUGAUACAGAGAACUCCCAGUUAGGAAACUUGCCAAUGUAAGCUGACUUUGUACCUUCUCUGAAACUAAUCCUUUUUUAAUUCUGAAUUUUACAAAUACCAAAUAAAGUAAGCAUUUCUUUAUACAUAACAGAUCAGAGAAAAGAUUUUACAUGUUAACUGCAAAUCUAUUAUAUACUGUUUGCUUUUCUUUUAAAAUAUCAAAUAAUAUUUAAGUUGCAUUUAAGUUGACUAGAACACUGAGAUGUUAAGUGUUACAGUCAUAGUUAGUGACAGAGGCAAGUCUUGAACCCAUGUCAACCUGGCAUCAAGUUUGACUCUUGUAUUGCCUCUGUACUUUUUAGCUACAGUAAUAAAAUAUACAAAGUGUGUAUGGUGUUUAGGGGGUCAGUAUUGUUCCAGGCUAAUUGGCUUUUCCCCAUAGAUUUGUCUGUUAAAGAGAACAACUUUCUGAUUGUCACAACUUCAGAAUGACUGCUAGUUCUCAUCCAUGAAGAGGGAAAUUACGCUGAUAAUCAGGGCAGGCAGGGAGAAUAUGAAAAAUUACUUUAGUCAUAAUAUCCAACUUCUUUAUGAUGUCAGAAAUUCUAAUGAAACACAAAACAGCAUUCUUCAACUCUUCCCUACUCUCAUCUCUACUUCUAAGAAGUACAAAUAAAUGACCAGGAUAGAAGCUGAAAGCCUAGAAAUAUCCAUUGGAUACUGAGCAACCAGCUCAGAAAGAGUUAGCAGUCUGACUUGGCAACCCAAAGAAGUCAAUAGCUGCAUGCAUGAUAAAGAGGCAGAGGCUUCAUGAAUAAGCUGAAUGUCCUGAGACCAACUAUGGCAUGUGCAUUUUGGGGCAUUGCAUUUCCGGAUGGUCAUUGAUAAACUGAAGUACAGCCAGAGAAGAGCCACCUGGAUGAUGAGGAGACUUGAGGGCAUUUUAUUAUUGUUUAAAGGAAAAGAGGACACAGCAUAGAACUGAUAAACAAUAACUUUAGAAAGGAAACAAAAGCUCUCAAGCUCUUCAAGCUUAACCCCAAUUGUCUAGCUUUUAAUGCUCCUGCCUUGGAAGAUGGAAGGAAAGAGGUUUUUUAGGAAGUUUUUUGUGUGUGUGUGUGUGUCUUGUUUUUGUUUUUUUAAAGAAAAGGGAUUAGACUCUUAGACAGAGAGGGCUGAUCCUGAAGAAAUCAGUAUAAGUGCCAAAUUUAGGUCGGAGGGAAAAGUUUUGACAAUUACAGCUUUCCUAAAGUGACUGUCCAUGACUUGAGGUCUUUAGGGAAAGCUGGUGGAUCACUUGUAUGAGGUAUGUGUUAGAUAAAAAAAUGUUUUUUGAUAUAGUUUGGACUAGACUGCCACUGAUAUUCCUUCUAUUCAGAAAUUGUCAUAUCUCAAUAAUGAAGAAUCAGUUGUAUCUUUAAUAGUCUUAGCUAGCCUCUCAGGCCACUUAUAUUGACAUCUUAACUGGAAGUUCAUCUUGGCUUCCUCACUCCCUUUUCUUUCUGUAAUACAAGCUUGAACUCGCUGAUGAUGAUGCUCAGGCAUUUUCAGUACUGUUCGUGACCCCAUUUCUUAGCAGAGAUAACAGAGAAUUUCAUUCUCCAGCUCCUUUUAUAGAUGAGGAAAUUGAGACAGGGUUAAGUGACUUGCCCAGGGACCCAAAACUAAGUGCCUGGGGCCAAAGAAACUCAGAAAGAUGAGUCUUGCUGAUUUUAGGCCAGGCAAUGUAUCCAUCUUGCCACCUAGUUGCCUUGAGCCCGAUACCUAUUCUAAAUCAAGCAGAAACUGAGUUAAGAUAAAGGUAGUAAAAAGGGUCAAUAUAGGAUAAGCAGUAAGUAUCAGGAGGAAUCUAGUGACGACAUAAUGAGGAAAGUAACUUUCAUUUUUAUGGUUCUCAGAAGUAAAAAUGUUAUCUGAGAAUAUAGGGAGUACUAAUAAUCUAAUACAGUGGAAUUGCUUGUUGGCUCUGGAGGGGAAAGGGGAAGGAAAGAACAUGAAUCAUGUAACCAUGGAAAAAUACUUAAAAAUAAAUAAAUUUUUAAAAAGAUAGGGAAUAGUGAUUUAGUAUAGAUGGGAAAUUAACUGAAUAAAUUACUCAUUUUAGGGAGAUGAUGCACAUUCUAGUGACAUGAGCUAAGAUUUAAAAUUAAAGGCAGUUUGCAAAGGUAGGAAGAUAGAAAGAACUCUAGGUUCUAAUCAGAACCCAUGAUUUCAUAUCUUAGUUAAGGCAGACUUUGGCAAAAAUGUCAGCAUUUACAAACUGUGUGCCUUAAAGCAAGUGACUUAAAAAUUCAAGCCUCAAUUUCCUCACCAGUGAAAUAUGGAUAAUAAUCCUAUCCACAGAUUUUUAUUGAGCAAAGUAUUUCAUAAACCUCAAAGUACUAUACAAAUGUGAACUGUAACUUUUAAAAAUUGCUUUAUGCAACUUAUUUCAAUUAAAAGAUUUUCACUUUUAAAAUUCA